ACACUCGCAUGGUCCGCCUCUCAGAGCCCCCUUCAGCGCCCGCCCGACACACCUUCGCUACUAGCUCCCACCUUGACUGCCCCCCGACGCCGUGAAACAGGAUGAUGAAUGGCGGCUUGAAUACAAGGAAUGGGACCCUCUCGCCCGUCUCGACUGACAGCAACGACUGGUCACCCAUCACCCGCUACCAGAACAUCAACGGCAACGACAGCCCCUACUCCCCGACCGUCCCGCCCAACAAUCGCGGCAUCACGCCCCCCACCUCUGUUCACACCAGCACCAGCACCACCGAUGGGGGGAUGCCCAAUGGAAUGGGCCGGUCUGCAGCAAGCAAUGGCAACCCCUCACCGCCCAGCUCCGUCGGCCGCUCCAGCGACGGUACCGGCCUCUACGCCUCGAGCGUGACAGAUGUCGGCUUCAACAACCGGAAGAUGUUGAUGUUGGAAGAGACGCUGGGAGAACACUACCGCGUCCUGAAGGCCUAUCUGGGUCCCUAUCUCAACGACGAAAAAGGAAAUCCAAGACCAAGCAGGGCCAAGGACAAACUCACGCGGCUAUCCGCUGUGCAAUUCCAGGAACUCAGCACCGAUGUGUACGACGAGUCACUGCGGCGGGAGCAGGACCGCAAGCGGGGAGGGCCCGGCGCUCCGGGAAACGACACGCCCAAAUUCUUGCUCCCAAAACCGAAUUUCCACCCAAAACGAAAUCAGGCCAGACAAAAGCUGUCCACACUGCCCCUCGAAAGGUUCCGCCAACUCGCUACAGACGUCUACUACGAACUGGAAAGGCGGUUUCCACGAUUCACCGGCGGUGAUAUUGAGCGAAUAGGAAGUCCUGCUGCGAGUAUUGCGAGCCGGACAAGCACAAGCAGAGGACCGCCAAGUCGAGUGGGCACCCCGAACAGCAUGAGCGGAGGCAUGCGAGGUCGUCCACCGCCAGGACCACCAGGAUUCCGCAAUGCCCCGCCUGGACCCCCAGGACCCCCAGGACUCCCGGGCCCCGGAUUUGCGCCUGGACCUGGCCCGCAGAACAGCAAUGAAUUUGGGAGACCGCUUCCAAAGACUUUCCAGCAAAACACCAUCGUGCCGAACAAGGGAACAAUGGUGGAAGAUGAUGACAGCGGGAACGACGACGAUGACGAUCAGGACGCCUUUAAUUUGGAGGGUGCUGCGCCAAGGCAGAGCCGGCGACAGACGAGUAAAAGUUUGAAGAGCAUGAGCGAAGCUCAAGGGAAACUUGUGAGCGACCUUGAGAACCAGGUAUCACAAUUGCAAGACAAAAUAAGCCUGCUCGAGGGGACGCUACAAGCUAGAGACGGAGAAAUCUUGAGAUUAAAGGACGCGGACAAGAACAGAGACAAUAACACUGCAUCUGAGCGCGCUGAGUGGGAUGACCUUCGCUACUCCCUCGAGCAAAAAGUCGAAAAGGCCGAGAACCUCAACUCCUCGCUUCGCUCUGAAAUCGAGAAGAUGCGAGUGGAAAAUUCAGACACCGAACGAGACCUCCGGUUUCGGUUAGCGGACCUUGAAUCAAAACCUCGCCAGGUGCAGAACAACGCUAGUGAUGGAGGCGCGUGGAAAGAGCGGUGCGAAGAGUUAGAGAAGGAGUUGAUUGGGCAGCAACAAAUAACCGAAGAGGUCCGGAGAGAUGCCUCCUUGUUUCUACAGGAGAUGAGGUCACUCUCCUCUCGUAGCGAUGCUGCGAUGGAAAAGGAAGAACGACUUGCAAAUCAAGUGUCAACCCUCGAAGCAGAGCUCAAAGACUGGAAAUCCCGCUAUGCCCGCACCAAGACUCAGCUUCGGAAUCUGAAGGCAUCCUCCAUCGGACUCGCUUCGCUAGCUUCCCCAGACAUCACCAACUAUACCCGAGACGCGAGCUUCACCAUGCCAGACGGAUUAGUAAAGGAUGUGCAUGUCACGAAAUUCCAGCUAAGCAUCGACGAACUGCUCCAGGUGGCGCGGAGGUCGGAUCCAGAACAAGUCCUGGAGAGCAUGAAGCAUGUCGUGAAAUGUGUACGGGCAAUUACUGGUGACAUUGACCACACACCACUUUCGCAAUUGCAGUCGCCGAGCAGCAGCGUCAACGGUGAAGGCUCCGUGAGCCCAGACAAACAGCAAGCCAAGCUCAAGUCCCGUGUCAGCGCUACCGCGAACAAUCUCAUCACCGCGAGCAAGAACCAUGCGUCCUCUGCUGGUCUCAGCCCUGUGAGCCUUCUCGAUGCAGCUGCUAGUCACCUCUCCACUGCAGUUGUUGAAUUGGUUAAAUAUGUCAAGGUCCGGCCCACGCCCGAAGAUGAGCUCGAGCGUGACGAGGAGGAUGAUAGGCCGAUGCCCCUGAAGCCGAAUCCUUACACAGCCUAUAGUCCAUAUACACCAAACAGCGUGAACGGAAACGGCGUUGGUCUUGGACUCGGCCACAUGCGCCAUCGCAGCCGAGGAGGUAGCAGUGACUCGGCCGGAUACAGCAGCAUCGGCUCACCAUACGGCGGAUACAGUCGACAAAGCGCUGGAGUAAACGGUAUGGGGUUUGAGAAGGACACCGGGAUGACCGAGUUUAAGAACUACCUCGAUGACCAGACCGCGCUCCUCGUCCAGAGCAUCCAGCCAUUAGUUCACAUGAUUCGAUCGUCUCCUGUCUCGUCGCCAUCAGAUGAACAGCAAGUCUCGGAUUAUAUCCAGGAUAUCUCGCGCGCAGUUCAGGAUACGGCGACGAGAACUUAUGAUGCUGUUAAGGAUCUCUCGAACCCUGCGCUGAAGAAACACGCUGUGCCUGUUGUUGAAGUGCUUGACGAUUGUCGUCAGAGUUUGUUGGAGGUGGACGUUAGAGGGGGUGGGAGGGAGAGGAUUCCUCCGCUUGCGUUUAAGACCGCGAGGGCUAUGAAGGAACUCGUCUUGAGGGUCGAACGUAUUGAAACUGGCGAAUUGACUGUCGACCAAACGGUUAAGAAUGAUUUUUAAGCUUCACGGAUCAUUACGCCUCAGCUGGUGGCGGAGGGACCCCCUUUGGAAACACGUC